AUGGAUACUCUUUCUCUACUAGAAGGACUUGGACCAGAGUCCUUCAGCAAUGAUGCUGAUCGAUAUGCAGCUAAGGACGCUGCUCGUAAGCUCCUUUACAAACUGGAAAGUCCAUUUGAGCGCUCAUGGUCUCUGUGCAUCGAGACAUCAGUACUGGUAGCUGGAAUUCAGGUGUGCCAGGAUCUUGGUAUCUGGUCCAAAUGGGCAGAUAAAUGUAAAGAGAGUGAAACGGCAACGCAGACCCUCGACGAUAUUCUGGCAAUGUGCAACUCAAAAGCUGAUCCGAAUCUUCUUCGUCGUUUACUAAGACAUAUUUCUGCUCUCUACGUCAUCGAGGAAACCGACGUGGACACAUGGAAACCCACUCCGUUCUCACUUGCCCUUGGAGACAAGACCUCAUAUGUCGACCAGACAAUUCAGUGUGGAUUAGAUCAUAAUAUUCCGUGCGGCGUGAACUUGGUGAAGUUUCUUGCCAAAAAUCAGUAUCAGGAACCAGUCGACCGUUUCAAAUUUGACAAUUACCGCGAUCUAUUCGGAGACGACUUCUUUGAUUAUUGUCAAAAGAACCCAGGGGCCGGUGGAAGCUUCAUUGGGUUGAUGAAAGCACUCAACUUGAAUAAGAUGGAUUGGACAGAAGUCUAUGACACUAAAAAGUUGCUAUCGGAGGUAGAAAUAAGCAACGGACAGCCAGUCUUCGUCGACAUGGGUGGGGCGCAUGGCCGCGAUACCAAUCGACUACUCGCAAAGCAUCCGGAACUGGGGCAGGAUGCCCUUAUCGUCCAAGACCUUCCGGAUGUGCUAGCACUUCACACCCAGGAAAAACUUGAUGGCCGCAUUAAGAGGAUGCCGCAUGAUUUCUUCAGCACACAACCAGUCCUAGGCGCUAGAGCAUACUUCUUCCAUGUCGUGUUACAUGAUUGGUCAGAUGUCGACUGUGGCAGGAUCCUCGGAAAGGUCAAGGACGCGAUGACAAAGGGCUAUUCUAAACUCCUUAUCUGUGAAGUGGUUCUUCCUCCAAAAGGCGCAACCAGUUUCAUGACGACGUUGGAUCUUCAAAUGAUGAACUCCACCUCUGGUUUCGAGAGAACAGAAGAACAUUGGAGAAAGCUGCUGCAGAAUAUUGGAUUCCGUGUCGUCGGAAUCUCAACACACAUUGGAGCCAUGGAGAGUGUCAUUGAAGCGGAGAUCGCGUAA